CUAUAAAUCCUCCGAUUCUUUUGGUUGUAGUGGUUUUCUUUCCCUCUUCAAAAUCGUCUUGGUAUUCUUCGUCUUCGUAAUGAGGAGCUUGAUUUCGAGUGCUAAAUUGGUGAGUGGUGGGCGGUCCGUGUGGUCUCGGCCAUGUGGGAGCCGCCGCGGCUACAGUUUGAUUCCAAUGGUGAUUGAGCACUCCUCUCGAGGCGAACGAGCCUACGACAUCUUCUCCCGCCUUCUCAAGGAGCGCAUUAUCUGCAUCAACGGGCCCAUAACUGACGACACUUCCCAUGUCGUCGUUGCCCAGCUCCUCUUUCUCGAGUCCGAGAAUCCCUCCAAGCCAAUCAACAUGUACCUCAACUCCCCCGGUGGCCAUGUUUCUGCAGGUCUUGCAAUAUAUGAUACAAUGCAGUACAUUCGGUCACCGAUCAACACCAUUUGUUUAGGUCAAGCUGCAUCAAUGGGUUCUCUUCUUUUAGCUGCUGGUGCCAAGGGUCAAAGGCGGUCCCUCCCUAAUGCAACAAUCAUGGUUCAUCAGCCUUCUGGUGGGUAUAGUGGGCAGGCAAAAGAUAUGACGAUUCAUACGAAGCAGAUUGUUCGGGUCUGGGAUUCGCUCAACGAGUUGUAUUCAAAACACACGGGCCAGCCAAUUGAUGUAAUUCAAAAGAACAUGGACAGAGAUUACUUUAUGACUCCAGAAGAGGCAAAGGAGUUUGGUAUAAUUGAUGAAGUCAUUGAUCAAAGACCACUUGCUCUUGUAUCUGAUGCUGUUAACAAUGAAGGACAAGAUAAAGAAGAUAAAGAUAAAGAUAAAGUCCCCAAUAAGGAUUAGAGGGUAAGAUCUCAGUGUGGCACAUCGCUUCUUUCAAGUUUUAUAUUGACACUGCUGGAUUUUUACUCUAUCUUCCUAAGUGAUUUUUAUUUAUUUUUCUUACUACACAAGUUUUUAGCAAUAGAUUCUAUCGUUCUUCACUAUUAUUAUUUGAUCUUGGUUUGAGUGAGUUCAUUUUCAUGGAACUCUCAUGUUGCUCCUUUAACACCAUUUCAACUCUCCUCGGACCAAUAUUUACAGCAAAUUGAGGUUGUAAACUGGUUUAUGGACUAUGCUUUAUAUCUGUAACUGUAUCUUUAGAUGUCAUUGAUGAGUUAAUGAAAGAAACUGAAAGCAAUGGGCGAUUAGAUUAGAAA